UCAUACUCAUAGUCAUACUAUUCAUUUCUGUUCUGUGUACUAUUUUCUGAGUUUGGUUGCUCCGUGGUUUUUUUCUAAAUAAUUUGUGUUGUAAAAUCAGCUGUAAUUACAUAUCAAUUUCAUUUAAAAUGAAUAUGUAAUUACUUAGACGCUUGUGUUCUUCAAAGCGACAUAAUUUUAAUCAUGAGUUCCCAAACAAUGCCCAAGGAGUUUGAGAGGUCCACCGAAGUCUUGCCCAUAAUGACUUACGGGAUUUCAACAAUUGAAGAUCUCCGAAGGGCGGAGGCUGAAAUACGUAUGUUGGAUAAAUUGAAGAAGGCCGGCCUGUCUUCAGAGGAAGUUAAGUUAUACAGGGACAAUGAAAACGGUGUGGAGAAACCAAAAGUAGAAGCGUCAGCUCUCAAAAGAAAAUUGGAGUCUAUAUAUGAGAAGAUUAGUGAUUAUGAUAAGACGGUGAGUCAAGAAUCCAAAGACAAUCCGAGCACAUCAUCCCCACCAUCUGUUGAUGUAUUCGAGAGGCUCCGAGACAAACCUAUCACCAUUUACCCAGACCCGAAUCACCCGAUGAACAACCUCAAGGAGAUUGAACAAAACUUAUUCGGUCACUUAGACGGCGAUGUCACACCUCUUAGUAAAAGGAGAAAAGAGUUACGUCGAUUCGAACGGAGUAAAGAGAAAAUACUUAACCAAGACGGCCACAUUGAGAUCCCAACAGCUCCCGUUCCAACGGUGAAUAGAGAAGGCAGUCUGUGGGAUGUGAAAGAAUUACCAAAGCCAAAGAACGUUGACAUUCCUAUUAUAGGUCCGUCUGAGAAAAAACCUGUGAUGUAUUCAAUAAGGAACAAUAAGAUUGUGAGGCUGGAGGCCUUGCCAGGAGACUGCGGGUGUGUCCACGAGGAGGAGUAUCAAGCGGUGGAAAUUGUAGCUCCGGUGAAUAACGCUGAGAGGGAGCUGUUGGAAGGCACACAGAUGUCUUUGGACGAUAUUAGGAAAAUUGACAGGUUUAAAGACUAUGAGCCUGGGAUACCGUCCAAGGUGUUGUACCUCAAGAACUUGGCUUCCUCAGUGACCCGAGAGCAGCUAGCUCUGCUGUUCAACCAGUUUAUGAUGUCUAACGGAGGCCCGAUCAAUGUGGACCUCCUCACCGGACGUAUGAGGGGGCAGGCAUUUGUUUCUUUUACCAGUGAGGACAUAGCUAUCCAAGCGUUGGAGGAAGUCAACGGUACAAUAAUGUGCGGAAGGCCGAUCAUAGCGGAGUUUGGGAGAAACAACAAUACAAACAGAGAAGACGCUUACGAGACUGAAGAAGAAGAUGAAGGAGAGGAGGAGAGCGGAGAAGAAGAAGAGUACACAUAAUGUAAAUAAAUUUAAGGUUACAAAUUGCGUUACUUACCAAAAAUUUUGCUCUGUAAGCAUACAGUUCGGAAUCAUAUAAGAGAAUAGAAAUAAUUUAUUGUACAAUCGGCCGAAUAGAAAAUUAAAUCAUUUUUGAUUCUACAGUACGAUGGUGGUAUAAUUUCCUAUGUGGCCCACUGUACUCGAAACUAUAGAAAUGACGUGUCGUCGUCUUUUAUUGCGCAGUUAUAAACUGCCAUUGUCAAAACGUUAUGGUCACGUUUAUCAGUACUAGCCAUUUCUAUAGUCUCAUAUUAUUCCGAUUUCUAUGGUAGAGCUCUACACAAACAUUGAUAAGGCAUGUACCAUUAAGGUUCUUUAUCGAGAAUUUGAGAUCACGGAUAUUCACAGCGUAGACAAAGCAUUUCUUUAUUGUCAUCCGACUUAAAAUCGGGUAUUUUUGGGAAGCCAUUUUUUUCCAUCACUUCAUUUUUAGGACAAUACUUAGAAAUAAUUACCUCUUUGGUAUUGAUACCGGUACAUGCAAAUUUGUGUGAAAAAGAAACAGUUUUAUCUUUCUUACAAAACAAUAUCAAUCUCACAAAUCCACUGCAAAUUAUAUUGCUAUAUACAGGGAAAAUUUGAAAUGUUAUUAAUUGUACUCGCAACUAGGAUUUGAAAUACCACUAUUUGCCUUGAUUCGAUACAGGUACCACACCAGUACUUUUGAUACCAGUGUUAGAGUUGUAACGCAUUUCGUCACUAGCAAAUGGCAAUCGCUGAAUAUUAAACACUUCAAUUUUGUCAUUUUAACAUUGUACAUGGGGUCCACUGUCCAUUAUUAUGACGUGAAACGGGACAGCGAUAUGUUUUCGCGCAAUAAAAAUGGCGUCGCUGGUGCCGUGCUAAAGGGGCAGCAACUAGUAAUCAAUAUGUUUAUUGUUAAGUUAUGAAGGUGACGAACUGCGAAAAUGACUUAUUGAGACCCAAAGUAAGAAAGUCAGGAUUUGUAAUAGUGACAAAAUUUCAGCAAUAGCCCCUUGCGAAAGUAACAAAUUCGUAGCGACCAAUGUUAGAUAAAAUAUAAGUUGCAAAAUGGUACUUUUUAUUCUCUGGAAUGUAUUUUUAUGCCCAUUGUGAAUAAGUGGAGUACACGCCUGUCACCCUUUCCAUCAUGUCUCCUAUCUCGAGUCUGCUAUAAGAGAAUUUUUUUUAAAAUAAGCAGAAUAUUUGUAAUUUCAUUUCUUGUGUUUAUCAGUCUCGACGUUUUCUGUGUACAUAAAUUAGUAAAUAAAUAAAUAACACAAAAAAUAUACCGGUAUUAGAAAUGGUUUUAUAAAAAUAGACACGACAAUCACGCUAAAUGACAGCGUAGCGUGUUUAGGUACUUUGUUGUACCUUAAUUAAUAAGGUUCAAUACCUGUAGGUAUUUGCUCGGGAGCAAUACUUGGGUACCGCACCGAUAACUUGAAUUUAAAAUGGCGGCGAUCUGCGCGUUAUCGCCAGCCAUAAUAGAAAUAAAUACAGCGGUCAAGUUAUGGGGAGCCUAAGUGCCAUAUGAGAUAUAUAAAUUUAUCCAAAAUGGCGCAAUAUACAUUCACCCCCAUAACUUGAUUUCGCCGUACAUGCCUGAGUGGGGUGUGUAAUAGAUAUAAUUAUUAUGAGUGUUUACCUUCUAAGUUUAAGAGUCAAUGUAUUAUAGGAAUAGUUAGUGAUUAAAAUUAGUAUGUAAGUUCUUAUCUCAAUGUUCCAAAUAUACUUUUA